AUGAGCACUGAUGUAGCUCAGGAAGUCUGUUUCCUCUCCCAGACCGGAGUAGGUAUUAUGGUGAACUCCCUACUCAUUGUGCUCUACUUCUCCUCCUUCCUCCUGGGUUCUAAACCAAAGCCCACAGACCUGAUCAUCAUUCACCUGGCCCUUGUCCACACCACGAUGCUUCUUACCAGGUGGAUCACUAUAGCAGCAGGAAUAUUGGGGAUGCGGCUUGUACAGACCAAUGCUGAGUGUAAGCUGUUUGCCUAUGUCUAUCGCAUCACCCGGGGCCUCUCCAUCUGCACUACCUCCCUUCUGAGCGUGGUCCAGGCCAUCACCAUCAGUCCUAGCACCUCCUAUCUGUUUCAGAUCAAGGUUCAGAUCCCAAACUUCAUCCUCCCAGUCUUAGCCAUCUUGUGGAUUCCAAACAUGUUGAUAAGCACCAAUCUUUUGUACCAAGUGGUUGCUUCCCUUAAUUCAAGCAGCAUUGAUAACAAUUGUUACAUUGUGCCCAUCAACACGUUCCUCCAGGGGCUGAUUCUUACCUUCAUGGCUCUCCGUGAUGUCCUCUCUCUGGGGCUGAUGUGUUGCUCCAGUGGCUACAUGGUUCUUCUCCUGUACAAACACAGGAAACAAGUCCAGCAUCUUCACAGCCCCAGUCAAGACACUGAAACAUCGCCAGAGAGACGAGCCAUCCAGACCAUUCUGUUGCUGGUGAGCUGCUUUGUAGUCUUCUACUGUGGAGACUUUGUCUUUUCCCUGUUUCUAGGAACAUCUAUGAAGAAUAAUGCCUCCUUCUUGAAUGCUAACAUGUUUGUGGUCAGUGGAUAUUCCACUCUCAGCCCCUUUGUGUUGCUCACCUGUGACACAAGAGUCAUCAAGUUCCUGGGCGAUCUUCUGGGGAAUAAAAUCCUAAAGUCCUCUCAGACCAGACCACUAUCUGCAAACCCUCUUUGA